UCAUCUUUUCUUUAUCUUUUCUUUUUUUUGGGUAGAAAGAUGGAUGCUAUAGCAUCCUAACUCGUAUUAAUAGAAUGGUCCUGCAAAGUACCCAUGGUAUCAUACAUGAGUUAGUGAUAAAGGUUCGGGUCGCACACAUCGAACAAAUGUGUGUCAAAAUAGGUAUCAUGACCCUUAUAAGUCAGGAAAUCGGCUGCAAAAUUGCACUUUCUAAAAACAUGAGAAAUCCCAACUUCCAAUAAUAGCUAAGGAGUAAACCAAUCUGUUGCACCAGCAAACCAUGACGGUGGUUUAUCUCUUUGAAAUUUGGGAUGAGGUCAAUGGCAGCUGUGUAGUCUAACUUCAGCUCCACUUUUUUGUACCCUCUUUCUAAAGCAAUGCGGAGUCCUUCGCGCGACACCUUUCAGCUCUGCCCUUGUGAUCGAGCACACGCCCAAGUUAUAGACGGAGGCCUCUAUGCACCUGCCAAGAUGGUCUCUCAAGAGCCUGCCAAUUGUUGCAUAGGCAUAGCCUGUUUCGGGGGAGAAGGAGCCAUUCGUCUGAAUUUGGAUCUAGCCUUCCUUCGGAGGUGUCCAAACGAGUUGAACAGUUGCUCGCUUAACCUGUUUGUUAAUGUUUAUCUUGCCGAAGCUCUCAUGUGUCUGGCGAUAAAUGCCAAACCAAGCUUUAAGCUUGUGUAUCAGAUCAAGUUUAGAGUACACUUGGCCAUCCAAGGCGUCUUCGUUCCUCUGUUUCUAAAGCAGCCAACAGAUGAUCCCAAAAUCAAUUUUGUGGUUCCCAACUUUAAGGUUAGAUGAGAGCCAUUCCUCGAACCCAGCGUUAGGGUCCGUGGAUGUAACUCUAUUGCUACGAAUACAUACAUCAUGCCAAAAUGAAAUUAAUCAAACCAAGACGAUUCGUCUCGUUUUAUGUCAAACCAUCAAGAUUCAAUAAGGCGUUGGGCGUUAGGCAAGCAUAGGGUCACUGCCUAGUGUCAGACACAUCUAAGCGAUACCUAGGUGACGUAUAGGCAUUUUAGCAAAAGUAGCGAUUUUUAGCACAUUUUUACUUUAUUUCAAUUUUAAAUGUUAAUAACUUAGCUAACCCUCAACAUUAAUCAAAAUAAGUCAUAUGAUUUAUAAUUGAAAUUCCAAAUCGAAGAAUGAGUGAAGGAUGCAUUGAAUAUAGGGCAACUAGAAAUGAAGUCGUUUUGGGAAUAUUAGCUACAAUUCUUUUAAUCAUUUGUCUACUAUUGAAAUUAAGCGCGACUCACUUAGAUUAAUCACGCCUCGCAUCAAUUAAUUGUGCAUAUUUUCCCCCCUAAGCAUCGCUUAGACGUGAUGAACACUUAAUUUUCUGUCUAGGACUUAGGCGAGGCAUUUUGUCACUCCCCAGUGCCUAAGCACACCUAGGCCUACGCGAAAUUACGCCUUCUUGAUCCCUGCAAACCACUAAAAAUUAUUCGGUUCAUCACGUAACCAUCCAACCUAAUGAAUCAAAUUGUUGUUGUAACCAAUUUGGCGAUUCUACUAAUUCAUAUACUGAGUCGGUCACGUUCAUAUGACAAUGUAAUUCAAGCAUAAGACAAUAACUCUUUGCAAUUUUUUUAAAUCUAAAUCACACCUACUUUCGAUUUUAUUAAUUUUAUCAUUUGAUACUUAACUUGUGUUGGUUCAUCCAUACAUAUUUUUACUAGUUUUCAUUCCCCGCGCUCGGACUUAUGGCACAUUAGCUAAACAAAAAGGUCACAUGCCAUGUUUCAAACAUUAUUAACGUAUGAACAAUUAAGUAGAUAGAUUAUUCAUUAAUGCAAAUCAAGCCAUUUUAAUAUAAGAUAAACUGAUAU